AUGGACCUGAAACAAAGGUCUGGUCUCAGGAGCCUCCUCUCCAAUAGGAACAAAGGGCAGUCCUCUAAGGAUGUCCCGAAGGAGCAGCCGACCUCCAAGGCUCCUCCUCCUCCUCCUCCCACAUCAGAUGCGGCGCUGCAGCCUAUGCCCAAUUUAAGGCGAAAAAGGCCUGUGGGGGAGUUGGAGGAGGGUGAGGUUGGCCAAGAAAAAGCCAAACCUCAGAAGAAAGGCAAAGAGACCAAGGAGCCCAAAGAGAAGAGGACCAAGUCCAUUGAUAGCCGAGACGAGGCGGCUAUUCGGAGGGAACAACGAAUAUGGUCGCCGUGGCUUGAACUGGAUGGCGCUCCAAUUUCUUGGGAUGCAACCCUGUGGGAAUCCCAACGACGGGAGGCGUCAUUCUUGGCUGAGGCCCUGCAUCAGCCUCUUCUUUUACCUCGCGACAUGAAGGGGCUCCGGGAUACUCGACAACCAGAACUUUUCAUGUCGCUGAAGAGGGACAUGGCAAUGCAAAUCUUCGUUGCUGAGGAAUGGGCCAAAAAGGCACGUGAGGACCUUCAUAAUGAGGCUCAGUCCCGUUGCGCUGCCGAGAGGACUGCUGGCGACCUCAAGAAGGAGAACGAUAGCCUGAGCCAUGAAGUAAAGGAGGUAAAGAAGGGCCGAGCGAGCGCAGCGGCCGGCCUUAAAAACGCUACUAAGCAGGCUGAGGAUCUGCGCCUACAGCUCCGCCAGUCUGAGGAAAAUCUCUUGACAGAGAAGCAGGCGGUUUCAAAUCUCAAGGCCGAGCUUGCGAAGGUCAAGGAGGAGGCCCGUCUGGUUAGGGAGGCGGCCGAGAAAGUAGUAGCAGCCUCUUAUGAUCGCGGGGUCAAGGACACUGAGGUCAGGCUGGCCGAUGAGGUGGCUGUUGUAUGCAGGGAAUACAUUACCCUGUCUUGGGGUGUAGCCUUGGACCGGGCGGCAGUCCCAGUGGAUUCCGAUCUCAGGAAAGCUGAGAAUGUCUUUUUUCCUGAGGACAUUCGCGAGGUCCCUGACGUGGUUGCGCCUGAAGAGCCUCUCCCAACGAAGGCUUUAACCUCGGACUCUGCUAUGCCUAAAGCUGAGGAUAUGCAGCCGGCCGUAAAAGACAAGUUGCUCGAGGACAGUCUUUCAAUCAGGGAGGUUGUUGCACAGGCUAAGGAGACUGUUCCGAGGCCCCAGCCAGCAAACGACCAACCCGGGCCUGCUCAGGGAUCAGAUUUAGGAAAAUAG